CCCAGCAAAGCAGCAGCAAUGUGGAUAAACAGCAGCAGAAGAAGAAAGCAAACCCAUCUUCCUGUCUGAUUGGUUGAAUUUCACGGAGGGGCGAGCAAGAUGGCAGCGUGAAGAGGAGUUUUUGUUUGAGUUCUCAGCACGAGACACUUAUUUGAUGUCUUUCUGGCCUUCGGGACUUUUUUGGAGAUCAGCGCGCUAAACUUGCUGGAUCUGAGGCCAGGGUCUGCGGCGGCAGCAUGUUGAAAUGCUCAAAAAGGACUGAGUGACUCGGGCAAGCCACAUGCGGCUAGCGACAUGAAAGAAAUGGACCCUUCAUGAUGCGUUCAACGUGCCAGCGCUGUGGUGGGAAAGGCUCCAUCAUAAACACGCCCUGCGCCCUGCGCCGAGGUUCAGGCCAAGAAGAAGAAGACGAUGACUUCCAAGCCCAAGAAGGUCGGCCUCAGCGUGGGCGAGCUGAUUGUGAAAGCCGUGGCCGCUUCCAAGGAGUGCAACGGCCUGUCUGUGGCCGCUCUCAAGAAGGCUCUGGCUGCCGGAGGCUACGAUGUGGACAAGAACAAGGCCCGUGUCAAGACCGCCAUCAAGAGCCUGGUGGCGAAGGGCACUCUGGUGCAGACCAAGGGCACCAGGACCUCCGGAUCCUUCAAGAUGAACAAGGCUACUGAGAGCAAAGCCAAGAAGCCCGCCGCGGCCAAAGCCAAGAAACCGGCAGCAGCUGCUAAGAAGUCGCCCAAGAAGGCAGCAGCAGCACUUCAGCUACUAGACAGGACAAAGCUGAAGGAGAACUGCCGGGACUGUUGAAGUGGGA